CAUGGAUAUUGUCUGUGCAGUGUUAGUCUGACUUGUGCUAAGGUGCACAUUUUCUGAUCAUCUGUGAUUCAGUGAUCACGUGCGCAAAGUAAAGUUGAAAUUAAGAACGUUUGUUUGAAUCUGAUCCUAAUCAAUGUAUCAUUUGAUAAUUAUACGUUAUUACAAACCUGGAGAUGAGUUAUUUUGUCGUGAAAUUGUUAAGGAUGGAACAAUGUCAACUGUUAAUGCAGCCUUUAUUGCUGGCCUAACCCGAGAAAUUACUUUCCAGACAAUGAUUCUCACAUCAGCUAUAUUGUUCAUUUUUUUAGGUGUACCAUUCAGUGUCUGUUUUUGUUCAAUUCCAGCUGUUAUAAUACUCAUGUAUGUAUUUAUAUGGCUUGGGCAUACAUUCAAAGCGUUGGAAAUGACACAAGACGUAUCAAACAUACCACGUGUGUAUAUGUCCUCCGAAUAUACAGGAUUUUGGGUUGCUGAAGCCCAUGAACCCUAUUUCAUGACGAGAGAUCCAAAUCAGAUCAAAUACAAAAUAAUGACAGAACGAGAGAUCAUUGACAACAAUAUUGAGCUGGCAGAUCACCAUGUAAAGAAAAUUGUGGGCACAAUAGCCAUCACUAGAAGCAGGCAUUGCGAUGGUACAGCGUGGCUGAGGAGAAUGGCAGUAAAUCCGAAGUACCAGCGGAAGGGUAUUGCAUCUGUGCUUGUGGAUGAGGCAUUGAGAUUCUGCAAGGAUAAGGGGUACUCAGCUGUAGAGCUCGUGACAUCUGAAUGUCAUGAUGCAGCUCGUGAGCUUUAUCUGAAAAAGGGUUUUGACCUAAAGCAAAUGUACCACAAGCCAAUAGUUGGCACUGUGGUAACAGUACAGAUGUAUGAUUUGGUGUUCCACAUUAAGCCCAAUGAUAAGCCACUAGAGUUUUAAAUGUCUUCCAUGAUUUGCUCAGAACAAAGACUAUGUGGUCAAAAAUGUGAUUCAGUGGAAUUUUCGUCAGUUUGUAUCACAGAUCCUCUGCCACUUGGAAAGUAAUGCUAGAUGAGGAAUAAUCCAGCAAUUUGUGGUUUCCCCUAAUGUGCUUGAAAUUACAGGAUUAUUUUUGAAUUCUGAACUUAAAGAUUAACACAGAUUUAGGUAAACAGUUUUGACUGAAAUUGAAACUACUUUGAAGAACCUGACACCUUGUUCAGGUAAACAUAUAAGAAAUUGGUUUGUAGGAGAUGAAAUUAAAAAAGAACCUAAUUUAAAUUGAAUCUUGUCAUAUGUAAGAAUGAGAUGGCUUUGCUUAGGUGUGGGUAACCAGGAAACUGUAAAAGUAAUUAAACCAUUUUUGUCCCUCAGAGAAGCAAAUUGACAAAUCUACCAAACUCUGAACACUGUUUUUACUUUAUUGCAUUGUGCAUAAAGUAUAAGUUAUGACUGGCAUUAUUCUGUUGUCUUUUGCACUAGAACAAUGAUACAGUACAAUUAUGACCAUUUCACAUGGGCGACACACUAUUGAAGAAGUCCUAUUAUGUUAUUCUAAUAGUGUUUGCCCAUUGCUGGACUUUUCUGCUCAUUCCUGUGUUCUGAUUUUAGUACUACGUAAUAAAUAAUGUCCAGUGAACCCAUCUAUCCUCUUCAUAUAUCACGUGAGCAGUCAUUACUUUUGACUCAGCAUUUCACUUUGCUGACAAUGGUGAAAUCAAGGGAACUGGUCUUUAAUCUGGAAUCUCCUUGUGUGCACAGCACUAUUCAGUUCUCAAUUUUACAAUGGUGUUACUUGCCAGUUCCACCAGAAUAAUGAACCACUGAUUAUGCAGUUUUGCCACUGUUUAUAACAGAAUCUCCUUUAGUAAUAGUAUUUGCAUUGCUUUUGGAGCUGGGAUAACUCUGUGAGUUUUGUUACUGACUACAUUUUGCAUGACCAAGGUUUGAUCCCCAACACAAGCAGAGGAUUUUUCCUCUAGCCUCUGUGUCGACUGGCUUUGGGUCCCACCCAGCCUUCUGUCCAGUGGGUACCGGGUUCCUUUCCUGGAGAUAAAGUGC